GGUGGGUUCUCGUGGUCUCAGAGAGAUCUUCAUGGCCUCGAGAAGCAUCCCAUGGCCUGGGGGGUGGUACCCUGGGUCUCGGAGGUGUCCUCACAGCCUUGAGGACUUCCAUAGCCUCUGAGGUGGCCCGAUGGCUUUGGCGAACGUCCCAUGGUGUGGGGGAGGUCCUUAUGGCCUUGGAGGGGUCCUCGUAGCCUUGGAGGAGUCCCUGUGGCCUCAAGGAGCGUCCCAUGGUCUGGAAGGUUGGGUCUCCAUGGCCUCAGAGGUGUCCCUAUGGUCUCAAGAAGUGUCCUGUGGUCAGGGGUGGGGUCCCCACGGCCUCAGGGAGGUUCCCAUGGCCUCGGAGGUGUCACCGUGGCCUCAGGGAGCAUCCCGUGGCCUCAGGGACUGUCCCUUGUCCUCGGGGUGCCCCCCGGGCGCCCCAUGACGCAGCGGCGGUGGCCCCACAGAAGCUGCAGCAGGAGCUGGAGUUCCUGGAGGUGCAGGAGGAGUACAUCAAGGAUGAGCAGAAGAACCUCAAGAAGGAGUUCCUGCACGCGCAGGAGGAGGUGAAGCGCAUCCAGAGCAUCCCGCUGGUCAUUGGGCAGUUCCUGGAGGCCGUCGACCAGAACACGGCCAUCGUGGGCUCCACCACAGGUUCCAACUACUACGUGCGGAUCCUGAGCACCAUCGACCGGGAGCUGCUGAAGCCCAAUGCCUCGGUGGCCUUGCACAAGCACAGCAACGCCCUGGUCGACGUCCUCCCGCCCGAGGCCGACAGCAGCAUCAUGAUGCUCACGUCAGACCAGAAGCCCGACGUGAUGUAUGCCGACAUCGGGGGCAUGGACAUCCAGAAGCAGGAAGUGCGGGAGGCCGUGGAGCUGCCCCUCACCCAUUUCGAGCUCUACAAGCAGAUCGGCAUCGACCCCCCGCGGGGCGUCCUCAUGUACGGCCCUCCCGGCUGCGGCAAGACCAUGCUGGCGAAGGCUGUGGCCCACCACACGACAGCGGCCUUCCUCCCCGACCGGGAGGUUCAGCGCAUCCUCCUGGAGCUCCUCAACCAGAUGGACGGCUUUGACCAGAACGUCAACGUCAAGGUGGUCGUGGUGACAAAGCAGGUGGACAUACCGGACCCGCGAGUGUCCCCAAACGCUAAGAGGUCCCAUGGGUGCUGUGGAGGUCCCAUGGGUGCCAUGCCCCAGGUGAUCAUGGUGGCGACCUGA